CUAGAGGAUCCCCUCUUUGAAAACUUCAGAGACAAAUACGAGGACGAUAAUUUCCAACCCCGGGUACAUGCCGAGCUCAUCCUUCUUGAGCGUUUCUACGUGCACGCAUAUCAGUUCGUCGACGGAGACAGGUAUAUUGGCUGCAGCAAGCCAGCGUGCUACUGCUGCUAUUUGUAUAUCUGCGCACAUCCAGGGGGGUUUAUCAAGCCGCCCAGUCACAGCAAGAAUUAUACCAACUGGAGUCCGCCUGAGAUUGAUCCAGUGGGCUCAGUCGACCCAGUGAAACACCGACGUGACAUCUUGAAUAGUAUGUGCAAAGAAAUACGUGAAGAUGUGUUGAGGCAGAUCCAGGAACAACGGCCACAACGUGGUGCGCACCACGAUUCGACGACGGGAAUUACAUACCAGGAUUGGGUACAGUAA